AUGAAAAAAAAAUUAAAUCUAUCAUAAAAACCUUUAUCAUUCAUCUAAAUAGAUGAUAAUGGAAGAAAUUCUUAUUGUAAAACUCAUUGUUUAAGAUACUAAUAAUUUGAAUAUAGAAAUGGAAAUUGUUAUAUUUGUUGUGAAUUAAAGGAAUGCAAUUAAGAUAAUGAACCAUUAAGUAAUGCUGAAAUAGUAACACUAUUAAAACAAAUUUUGUCAUAAACAAUUUCAGAUGAAUUUAAACAAUAAUAAAAGUAGAAGAUAAAUAAUUAUAGAGAAGAUAUAAUAAAAUCAAUUGAACUUUAUUGUGAUAGAGUGAUUCAAAAUUUAGAAAAGAAUUGUGAAUAACAAAAUUAAAUAAAUUAAAAAAUUAAGAUUAUUUUAGAAAAUAUUGAAAAUCAAAAUAUCAAUUAAUUGGCAUAUGAGAUAUUAAAAGCAUAAGAGUUAGAUUGUGUUAAUAUUAAAAUAGGAGUAACAGCAGCAUUAACUUAAGAAUUUUAUAGAUUAUUAAUGAAAGGUGAAACUACUUUGAAUUGUAUUUACUCUUUAACUUAGGAUGAUCAGAAGAAUUAAAAAAAUGAAUACAAUGUUUUAAAAAAAUAGGUUGAUCUUAUUAAGAUGAAAACUAUGUAAUUUGUAAAACAGCAUGAAAUAAGUAUUAAAAAUUCAAAAUAAAGUAUAAAGAGAAUUUAUUAAGAUAUUAAAAACUAAUAAAUUAUUGCUGUUAAUUCUGGAUAAGAAUUAAAUAAUUAAAUUACAAUAAUUAAACCUAGCUAAUAUAGUUUAUUUGGAUAAUUUGAAUCAUUAAAGAAUACUAUAGCAGCAGAAUCAUUUUGUAUAAGUCCAAGUGGUCAAUUUUAUGCUUGGGGAAAUAAUACAAAAGUUUAAAUUUAUUAAUUGUAAACUAAAAUUUAUAAAUAGAUAAAUUGUCAUUCAAAUUUAGAUUCAAUUGUAUUUAAUAUUGUUAAUGAAUUUGUUGUUAGUACUUAAGAUUAGAAAAUUAAUUUUUGGGGAUUGAAUGAUAAAAAUUGGGAAUUUUAUUGUUCUUUUAAUAUGUUACCAGAAAGAGUACAUGAUUUAAUAUUUAUUGAGAAUGGAAAUAAAUUAAUUUGUUAAUCACUAUAAAAGUUAACAAUUUUAAUUAAGGAAAAUUAGAGUUGGAUAAUAUUUUAAUAAAUACAUUAUAAUUUUACUACAAUAAUAUGGAAUCAAAUAUAUUCAAUGCUAAUAACCUUAAAUUAAAAGGCUUAAAUUUAAACUUGGUAAAGGAAUAAAAAAGGAUUAUUUUAAUUAAUUUCAACAGAAUGGGAUCCUGAAAAUAAAUUGAUCAAUUAAGAAAUUAGUAUUUUGUAAGCAAAUGAUGAUGGUUCUUUGUUAUUUUAAAGUCAAAAAAAUAAAUUAAAAGUUUGGUAAGUUUAAGAAGAUGCAAGAUUAUAAUAGAUAUUUGAAUAAGAAUUAGAUGAGUAAAAUACAAUAAUUACAAAUGAUUUUACUAAUUUAUUAGCCUAAAAUGAAAAAUCAUUAAUAUGGUAUGAAUUAAUAAGUGAAGAUUAAUGA